AUCAGACUGGUUCCUUCUUGAUAACGGGGGUGAGUGUCCAGAGGGCAGGGCAGAGUGUGCUUUGUAUGCCUUUUGCAAGUUUCAGUUUCAAAGAGCAGAAGGGGCCAGAGAAGGCGGAUUCAACCGUUGGGGAUCGUUUUGAUGGGGGCGCCCAUGGUCUGGCCUCUGCAGACCCCCCUGUAACCUGUGCCAGGCUCUGCCACUCUGCUGGGAGCUGCCUGCUUCUCAGCCACGAGGGACUCAGAUCUGGAGCUGGAAUUAGAGUUUGGGGCUCAGAGCAAUUAGCUUCAAGUGCAAAGUCUGAGGGCAGAUCUGGGGCCUGCUGGGCUCCCUGAACCUUUUCCUGCUGCUGAGUUGAGAGACGCUUCAGAAGUCCCAGGCUUUCAAAGCAGAUGAGGAAACACACAGAGAAGGUCAAGGAACCUGACUAAGGUCAUCACACAGAGAGUGGGCCAGCCCUGGGGAGAAGUCAGCAGUCAGCCCCCAGAAUCUGGCCUUCCCAGGACCCUAAGCUGUGUCCUUCUCAACCCUGAACACUCGGAGGAAAUGGAGGAUCUGUCCUGCUGCCCUGUGCUCUGCCGGCUCACCCCGCUGCUGCUCCUCAUCCAGCUGCUCACUGGGGGCUCCCUAGAGGAGUUCUCGGUGCUUGGGCCCUCGGAUCCCAUCGUGGCAGUGCUCGGUGGGGAUGCCGUGCUGUCCUGUCGUGUGUUCCCGGCCAUGAAUGCCGAGGACAUGGAGCUGAGGUGGUUCCGUUCCAAGUUUUCGGAAGCCGUGUUCAUCUAUCAAAACCGACAGGAACAGAAGGAAGAGCAGUUGGCUGGUUAUGCAGGGCGGGCCUCGCUGGUGAGGGACUUCCUCUCCCAGGGGGAGGCUGCUGUGCGCAUCGGCCAGGUCCAGGUUUCUGACAAUGGGCUGUACACCUGCUUCUUCAGAAAGGGAGUCUUCUAUGAAGAGGCCAGUUUGGAGCUGAAGGUGGCAGGUGUGGGCUCUGCCCCUGAGGUGCGCAUCACAGGGCCCGAGGAGGACGGGAUCCGCGUGCUGUGCACGGCCUCGGGGUGGUUCCCGAAGCCCCAGGUGCAGUGGAGGGACGGGAGCGGAGAGAAGUUCCUGGCAUUCUCCGAGGCCCACACCCAGGACGCGGAGGGGCUGUUCAGCGUGGAGGCCGCCCUGGUGGUGCGAGACCGCUCCGUGGGCAACGUGACCUGCUCUGUCCUCAACCCUGUCCUGGGCCAGGAGAAGGCCAUGGCCAUUUUCAUUCCAGAGCCCUUCUUCCCCCAGGCCUCUCCCUGGAAGGUGGCUUUCUUGGUGAGCCUGACUGUGCUGAUGCUCCUCGUCCUUGGGGCUGGAUGUUACAUCAGGAGAGAACAUUCCAUCAAGUUGCGGGAGAUGGAAGAAAAGAGGCAUCUGUGGCAGGCUAAGGAGGAGGCCCGGCAGACAAAGGAGAAGGCGCUACAGGACAGAGCUGAACUCCAGGCACAGCUCAACUGGAGGAAAGACGUGUACCUGGCUGGCUGGAAGAAGGCCCAGCUGUAUGCAGAUUGGAGGACGGAGAAGUUCCAGCCCCGGCCUGUCACUCUGGAUCCAGGAUCUGCCGCUUCAAGCCUUGUAGUCACCCAUGAAAAGACGAGCGUGACCAGGAAGAACACUGGUGUGAACCCAGGAGACAUGGACAGUGUGUUGGGCUUUGAGGACAUCUCAUCAGGGCGCUGGUACUGGGAGGUGGAGAUCAAGGAUGGAGAUGGAUGCGAGUGGGCUCUGGGGGUCUGUAGGAAAGAUGUGAAACGGGAAGGUUGGUGUAGAGAAUCCCCAGAAAAGGGGUUCUGGCUUGUGGGGAAGUUUAGUGAUAAAUAUUUUGUCUAUACUGCACAAUACACUGAGCUAUCCCUUCACCAGGUUCUCCACAGGGUGGGGGUGUUCCUAGACCACGAGGAAGGGGAUGUCUCCUUCUAUAACAUGACUGAUGGCUCCCACAUCUUCUCCUUCACUGGGGUUUCCUUCUCUGGGGCUCUCUGUCCCUACUUCAAACUUAGGGCAGGAGAUGUGUCUCUGACCAUCUGCUCCAAGGUGGGAGGGUCUGAGGGGCUCCCUGUGCCCCUUAAUGAUUCUUGCCUGGAGGAGCCUGUGAGCCUCCCAGGGGAGGAGAUCAGCUCAGGCUCUGGUGCUGAUGCUCCCCCAGGGGCUGAGUCUCCAUUACUCCCCUGCAACCCCGAGGCUGUGUCCCCAUAGGUCCCAUCACUGUCCCAGACCCCUCGCUGUGGCUCUUCCUGGAGCUGCAGACUCCAGGUGACAAAGGCCUCUGAGGUGAGUUCUGGAUGGCUGGAGUCUUGGCUUCUUGAUCUGGAAGCAGAUUCCUGGGUGUGUGUUUAUGAGAAUAGUCAGUUCGUGCUUUAUGCUCAGCCAGCAGAUUAUAAAAGUUGACUCUUUGAGCUGGUUUGGGGAUCGGCAACAUCUGACUGUGGGAAGUUGUAUUUCUUUUGGUAAUGAAAAAUAUGUCAUUUGGACAUGAAAGGUGAUGAGGGCUUGAACCACUCAGCAGAAGAAAAUGGAGUUCACUUGUUCUAAUUUGAGUUUUUGCAGAAGAACCCAGAGGAUACUGGUUGGUCCCCAGCUCUAUGCUGAGGGAUCUGAACUGUCACAUCAGGAAAGCCGGCCAUCCAGAAUUUUCCAGGGAAAUGUGUGGCUGAUGGACUUUCAAGAAGUCUAAUAUUUUAUGUAUUUCUUAUUCUGAGAUGGAGAAAACACCCACAUGUCCCAAAGAACAGUAAAUUUCUGUAACCUGUGAAGAAUUUGUGUUGUGCUCAUUUCAGGAAGUAAGGAAAAGGAUCUGGGUUUUAAAUAUCUGUCAACAGCAGGUGCAAAAAAGAGAAUUGCUAUCUGAAUUAAGAGUAAAUGAAGAAGAGACUUUGCAGAGGCAGUGUGAAUUGCAGAAAACUUGAAGCACAGCACAGAGCCAGUUAUCAAUGUGUCGCCUCUCAGUUCUUCUAAGUCCAGUGGUAAAGGUUAGUGGAAAACCUUAGCAAACCAAAGGAAACAGGACUACUGAGGACUCAGACCUUUGGGAAUGAGGACGUGGUCACUGCACCAGGUGGAGAACUCUGACCUGUGGGUCUGGGUGCGAAGACAGGGAAUGGGAAGUGGAGGAGGCAGUCAUGGACGUUGACUCUGAUUUGCGAUCCAUUCCAGAAAGAGGAUGUUGAUAGCUUUGCUUAUUUUCUCUGUCUUAAUGUGUGUGUGUUGUUUGUAUUUACUAUCCAUUUUCUCCCUCUUUCUUCUUCUUUUAGAAGAAAGAUGACUUUCUUUCAAGUUGUUAGACUUUUAUUCAAGUUGCUGGAGGUUAUGUGUAUUAUGCUAUAGUCUUCAGGUCACAGAAUAGUCAAGGACAUUGGGACUGCAUUUGAGGAGUAAAUAGGAGAGUGGCAUUGGAUGCAUUAUCUGGGACUGUCUGUCUCCUCAUUUUGGGCAAGGGGCAAGAACUUCAUUUGUAUGGGUAGCUCUGUCUUGGUGGGUGAGAAGGCAGGGUUGUGGUGUGGUGUUAGUGGAAGUGCAAAUGUGUGUAAAAUGGUGUGUGUGGAAGCUGAGUGACCCAAGGUGUGGACUGUGCUUAUUAUCGGGUGUCUUGCCUCUUGGUCCCAAAGUCACCCUGUAUUUGCCCUGCUUUGUGAUACCGGAGCUGAACCCCAAACCUCUUGGUUCUGCCUGGCAUGGUGUCAGUCUCUGGAAGGGACCCUGUACCCCAUAGCAGAGGAUGGGCUUCUCUUGCCGGUCUGGAGCUUUUCUUUUGAUCCUAUGAUGUGAUAGUGUCCUGCAGUUCACUAUCUGUCACUUUUGCUGAAUGUGCCUGGCAUUGCAGCAGGCUGUCCCAGAGGCUUGCUUUCCAUGGAAUCUUUUUGUUUCUUCUUUCUUCUUUCCUUUCUCCCUUCCCUUCCCUUCUUUCCUUCUUUCCUUCUUCCUUCUUUCUUUCUUUCUUUCUUUCUUUCUUUCUUUCUUUCUUUCUUUCUUUCUUUCUUUCUUUCUUUCUUUCUUUCUUCUUUCUUUCUUUCUUUCCUUUUUAGGGCCACAUUAGGGGCACAUGGAGCUUUCCAGGCUAGGGGUCCAAUCAGAGCUGUAGCUGCUGCCCUACACCACAGCCACAGCAACUCAGAGCCGCAUCUGCAACCCACACCACAGCUUACGCCAGUGCCAGAUCCUUGGCCCACUGAGCAAGGCCAGGGAUCAAACCUGCAUCCUCAUGGAUGCUCGUCAUAUUUGUUAAUGGCUGAGCCGUGACAGGACCUCCCUUCCCAGGGAAUCUUUCAGAGCUCCAGUGGGACGUUUCCUGCCCAUCAGCUUGGCCUGUGGCUCGUUGGUGACCUUCUUCACCUGCCAGGAGACCACAAUCCCCCUUUCCCCAUAAGCUCUGAAUGAAGUUUCUUUCCCAAAUGUCUGUCUUCCUUGGGUUUCUGCCUGUGCCCUAGAGGGAGUCUGCUCCCCAUAGCUGCUAUUUCUGGCUUUCUUUUCUGCUUUGUGAGUUAACUUUUGCUAGUUUAUAGUUCUUUAUCUCAGUUUAUCUCGUUCAGCUGACUGAUGUGGUUUCUGUCUCCUGACUGGACUCUGACUGAUGCAAACAUCUGAACUGCAGUGUGGCUUGGAGGAUGACACUGCACGGCCCCCACUGCACAUUUAUUUUUUCUUGAAAAUGUGUAUCAACUUUUAUUUUUAUUUUUUUCUUACUCAAUGAAUUUAUUACAUUUGUAGCUGUACAAUGAUCAUCACAAUCCAAUUUUAUAGGAUUUCCAUCCCACAACCCCAGAGCAUCCCCCUACCCCCAGACUGUCUCCUUUGGAGACCAGAAGUUUUUCAAAGUCUGUGAGUCAGUAUCUGUUCUGCAAAGAAGUUCAUUCUGUCCUUUUUUCAGAUUCCACAGAGGCAUUGACAAAUUUAUCAAAAUUGUUCCUCCCGGAAUAAGUCAAACGAAUAUACUCUUGGGGUCCUUGUGUGGAUGUAAGCAUUCUGUAUGUUAAUAUAUCUUCAGUUAUAUUUAUCCCUCCUUCCAUUUAUUUUGAACCUUCCUGACACUAUACUACUUUUGGACAAGCUAUGGGCAUAUUUCCUUUGAUGCAGUGUGAAAAGGAAGAUAUUCAUAUGCUGUGAAUUAUCCACACAACAGGGAAGUAAUCUUUAGACACGUGGACCAGCUGUCUAAGUAAUUCCAGAAGGAAUGAUUAAAGUCUUCAGUGUGGUAGAGCUUUGUCGGAAUUGACUGACGUUAAGUGUUGUGGCUGUGUACGUUUCGUGCUGUUUCCUUGAAGUUUUAUUGGUCAAAUUUGCAGAUGCUUUUCUGUACCUUUUAUUAUUGUUUAGGAAAACAUUCAAUUAUACAGAAAGUACUACUCACUCUCUGGUUGUAUUUGCUAUUCAAAAAACCCCACAUCUUUUAUUUAUUUGUUCUUAUUCUCAUUAUUAUUUUUUUGGGCUGUGCCCGCAGCAUGCGGAAGUUCCUGGGUAGGGAUCUAACCCGUGCUACAGCUAUAACCAGAGCCACAGCAGUGAGAAUGCUGGAUCCUCAACUUCUGGAGCCACAAGCGAACUCCAAAAAAAUGCGUCUUUUAGUACCUCCUCAACUAUUAUCCAAGCAGUUGUUUCCUGUAUUGCUAAGAAACAUCGUUCAAGGCCCAGGAAUAGGUGAAACGUUGGGAGUCAUUUCUUUUUUGUGUCAUCCUAGGGCAUUAAGACUCAUACAAACCUUUGUUAUUAUCUAGGGGAGAACAUCAGUGUUGCCUUUGGCUUUCAAGUUUAACCAUUGGCUCCUUUCCUGUGAUGUAUAGUUGUCUGUUCAGCAGAGAAGAUCACUCUAAAUGUUACAGUGUAAUUGUCCAUUAACCACUUGCCCCUCCUCAACUUGGAAUACUUAUUUCAAACUGCCUUUUCUGGUGGAUGAUCAAUGCCACGUUUUCAAAAUGCUGUCUGAACCUAACUUUACAUUGUACCAAUGCCAUGAUUGAUUAAUUCAUUGAAUAAAUUCGUAGAUUUAUACAUG